GUUCAGAGGAGCAGGAAACAAAAAAGGCAGAAGCUUUAGAAAGAAUCAGAGAUUCAAUCAAUCAAACGUUUCUACCUUCAGCAGAGAGAGAGAGAGAGAGAGAGAUGGGGGGUCAGGUGUCUUCGUUGGAUGGCGUCCAUGUGGUAAUAGUUGGGGGGGGAUUUGGGGGCAUCGCGGCCGCUCAGCAGCUGAAAUCUCGACAAAUCAGCUUCACUCUGAUCGACAUGAGAGACGCUUUCCAUCACAACGUGGCGGCGCUCCGAGCCGCCGUCAAGCCCGGCUUUGCUCAGAGGACCUUCAUCCCGUACGCCGAGACGUUCGGAGACAGCUUCCUUCAGGGUCGAGUUGAGAGGGUGGACACGGAGAGACAGACGGUCGUCCUGCAGGGAGGGAGGGAGAUCGUGUACUCUCACCUGAUCCUGUGCACCGGGACAGAUGGAGCGUUCCCCGGGAAGUUCAACACCGUGGCGUCCUAUCAGACCGCCGUGCAGACGUACAAGGACUUCGUCAAGCAGCUGCAGGCUGCAGCCUCUGUGUUGGUGGUAGGAGGAGGGUCUACCGGUGUGGAGAUGGCCGCUGAGAUCAAGACCGAGUAUCCCGACAAGAAGGUGGUUCUGGUCCACUCCAGAAUCGGGCUUUGUGACCCGGAGCUUCUGCCCAGCGUCAGACAGGAAGCCAAGGAAGUUCUACUGGGGAAAGGGGUGGAGCUACUGCUGGGUCAGAAAGUGUCCAACCUGUCACAGCUGCAGCUCAACGUGACCCAGAAGAACAUGGUGGUGACCACGGAGCGCGGAGACAAACUGACCACGGAUCUGAUCAUCUGCUGCACCGGAGGCAAAGUCAACGCCGCGGCCUACGCCUCCAGCUUCUCGGGCUGUCUGGCUGCUGACGGCGCUCUGAAGGUCAACGACCACCUGCAGGUGGACGGCUUCUCCAACGUCUUCGCCGUGGGCGACUGCGCCGACAUCAAAGAGCCCAAGCUGGCGUACCAUGCCGGGCUGCACGCCGCGGUCGCCGUUAACAACAUCAGUAACAGUGUGAGAGGGAAGGAGCUGACAUCAUAUCACACAGGUAACGUCAGCAUGUUGCUGGCGAUGGGCCAUGACGACGGCGUCGGCCAGUUCAACGGGCUGAAGCUGCCUCGUUUCGUCGUCGCUCUGGGGAAGAGUCGAGAUCUGCUGCUGUGGAAGAGCUGGAGGGAGAUGCAGCAGAGACAGCCCUGAGACACACACAGAUACAUACACACACAUACACAGUCACAGACAUAUACACACACACACACACAUAUAUAUAUAUACACACACACACACACACGCAUAACACACACAUACACAACACGCAAGCACACAUAUACACACUGCUUUGUGCCUUCAUCCAAUCACAAGACUGAUUUCAUUAAAGUAUUAUUAGAAAGUAUAAAUAAAGUAUAAAUAUAAGAGUUUAAAUAUAUGAAAGUAUAUCUCCUCCGCUGUUACAAAGUAACUCAGUAACUUUGACUUUGAGUACAUUUUAAAUGAACUACUUCUACCAGUAGUUAUACUCAAAGUAAACGUUGAAGUGA